AUGUCGAGCAAGUUCCUGCGGCUGCUGUUCGUAGGUGCGCCGGGUGUGGGGAAAGGGACUUACUCCGGUCGCGCGGCCGUGUUGCUUGGCUGCCACGCCGUCUCCAGCGGAGAGCUUCUGCGGAAGGAGGUUGCUGAGGCCACGGCGAUCGGCAAGCAGGUGAAGGAGCUGAUUGAGAAUGGCGUCUUUGUUCCCGAUGAGAUCAUCACAAAGAUGGUGGUGCAGCACAUAACGUCCCUGUCAGCCGACAAGGAGCGUCCAAACGGGUACAUCUUGGACGGGUACCCACGCAACGUCUCGCAGGCAACAGCUCUGUGGACGUCGGGGGAUAUCAAGAUCGACCACGUCAUCAACCUCACUCAACCGCGUAACGUGAUCAUCAAGAAGCUCUCGUCGCGUCGCUCUUGCCCGGACUGCGGGUUUGUGUACAACCUCGCCUCUAUUAACGAGGGAGGGAUCAAGAUGGACCCCCUCAAGCCCAAGCUGGAUGGCGUGUGCGACAAGUGCGGCUGCACAAAACCUCUCAUCACCCGAAAGGACGAUGCCAUCGAUGUCGUGACAAAGCGCCAGGAUGCGUACAGCGCCGUCGCAGCGCCACUCCUGCGCUUUUACAGGGAGAGGGGCAUCCUGCACGAGUUCCCGGUACUGGGUGGCACAAAACUCUACUUGCCGAAGCUGCUCGAGUUGAUCUCGACGUUGGAUUAG